CUGAUAUUUUAGGAGAUGAAAAGGGUAUCUGCUAUCUUGGCUAGCCAAGUGCAUUACGGAACACACCAAUAUGCUUACAUUGCUAAUGUCAGUGUUUCUAAGUUUGCUCGACGUCAGGGAAUAGCUUCAAAUAUGCUACAGUUUGCAACAGAUGUUGCUAAUUUGGCAGGUAUGAGGAAACUAUUUGUACAUGUAAAUGUGGAGAAUGAGGCUGCUCAAGAAUUGUAUAAAAAAACUGGUUUUAAGGUUGUUGAAGCAGCUUCAUCUAGCAGAGGUUACAGCUACAGUGGAAUCAAUUUUCGUCUUCAAAUGACGAACAUGGUUCAUUGAUUGAGCCAAGAAAGC